AUGGUCAGUGGCAAGGACUUCCACCCGGAUUCCGAUAUCGGUUCCAGACUGGUCCAGUAUGCGGAUUUGCAUACGGAUCCUUACACGGGCUUCAGUCUGCUGUUCCCGUUGAAGAACCACGGCGAAGAAGGAAUCGGCGGCAGGAUCCAUCAGCUCGAUCGGAACAAGAUGACGAUUGAGCAGCCAGCUCAAGCAUUGCUGGCUGAUGAAUUUGAGAUCAAGAUCAAGCUCCCGCGCGGUCACUUCAAGUUCACCGUGCAAGACGUCGAUGCUGUCCCCGGUCUUCGCCAGCGCGUUCCCGACGCCAAGCCUAAGUCCAGCGCCAUCCAUGUCACUCUUGAAGCUGGCCACAACGUGCUUGUUGAAGGAUUCGGCAAGGAGUUCUCUCACCCUGGCCACCCUUGCGACGGUUGGUUGAACCACGGUCAACCCAUGAUUGACGGCAAGACUCUGCUGGAAGUUUUGGACGAGCGAGAGUUCUUCAUUGUCGCAUCAUUUCCACACAAGGAAGUGAUGAAGUACUGGGGUGAUGCGCCUCUCCCACCAUCAUUCAGGUACGAGCAGGUCUACGGCAGCGGCACGGAUCACGCGUGGAACAUCUCUGGCGCACAACAGAAGUGGGAGAGUCUGCCAAGUGGUGAACAGUUCAGAAGAUCCAUCACUUUUGACGACAUCAACGAGCGCAUUGCCGUUCAGACGCAGUUCGUCAUUCAGGACAAUCUCUGGGUCGCACGGGCCGCCGCCGAGAUUUUCGCCACCACGUUCCCGGCAUACUUUGUGCCAACCAUUGUGGACGGCACCACCCGCUGCAGCGAAUACUUUGCCAUCAUCCGCCGCCCAGCAGAGUUCAAGGCGAAGUUUGAGGCAGCUCUCGACGUCCUCUGCGAAGGCGAAUUCCUGCGCCUAGCCUUCCACAAGCACGGUGAAGAUGUAGCUGUGCCUGCCCUGGAAGACCGCAAGUGGAAGAAUGCGGCGGUGGACACCUGGAUCGCCAAGAUUGUCGCCUACCCAACCGGCAUCGCGGCCCUCGCCCAGCACCCCACCAGAGAGGACGAUAUAGUCCUUCGCGUCCAGGUUGGCAAGGCCAAGAAAGGAGUCCCGCAGGACGUCAAGACCUUUCCCAAUGUCUCCGCUGCCAACAAGUCGUUUGACGAGGAUCCGUCCACGUGGGCUCGCGUGUCCCUCUUCUUCGAUCCAGGCCUUGGCGAAGAUGAGCGCAAGGUGAAUGCAACGUGCCAACUCCUCCCUGGCGCAGAGCAGACUCACUACAAGAGGAAGGGUGAUGCGGCGGCCUACGACAUUGCUCAGCUCAUGGAACUUCACCGUCGUCUGCAUAUGGGAACUGGUUUUCAUGAGUUCAUCAAGGGUGCAGACAACGCACGCUAUGAUCCUCAAGAAAGCCUGGUCGAGUCCCUGAGGCAGCUGCGUUUGGAUGGCGACAAGUCCCAAGGUCGCGCUCUGCCUGUUGUCGACAUGCUCUCUGCUUGUGUCGGCCCAUACCUCGAUGCUCUUCUGGAAAACGUUCCUCAGCAGGAUCAGCCACGGUUCAUGAGGUAUUUCAUGGAACGUCUACUCGGCCUCGCCCUCAUCACUGCUGCACCUGGGUUUGGCAAGACGACUGCUGUCUCCGUGGUUACCUUGGCGCUGAGCCACUCUGUCGGCCGUGUCCUUGCCAGUGCGCCUUCAAAUGUGGCCAUCACCAACUUCGCUGCCCGCCUCUUCGCCAUCGAGUGCAAGGCUGUCGCGCUGUGCAACAAGGACAAGGCCGAAGAUGAUGGAACGAGAGUCCGCCGAAAGCUCAUCGUCCGCGCCCAUGCCAUCAAGGAUGAGGUCCGCGCUUUCCAGACCCUUCUCAAGAGUCCCAAUCAAGGCGACGAUGCGGCCCCAAACCACAAGUGGAGGCCCGAUUCAAAGUGGCACGCCCAUCUCUCGCCUGCCUGGUACCUCUUGGGCAUCCUUCGCUCUCCCGCCGGCCACCAGAUCGAGGUGGAUGACAACACUGCGCUGGCCCUACUCCAGAGCGGGUUCGAUGCCGCCCCGGAGCUCCAAAAGCUCCGAGAUGUCGCUACCGGAAAGAUUACCUGGAAAGAGUUCGAGGGUGACACCUCCAACAACGCCGACAACAUCAAAGUGUUGCUCGAACAGGUAAUCGAUGAAGCUGACAUCCUUUGCGUCACGCCCUCCAUGUCAGACAAGUCUCCCUAUCAGUUCUGGAAGGAGACCGCAAAGGGUGUCGCCGUGGACGAGGCUGGCUUCAUCAGCCGACCUGAUCUCGACUGUGUCUGGGGCAACACGCUCCUCCCUUGCAUCCUGGCCGGUGAUGAGAGGCAGCUGCAGCCGUUUGUCCGUACAACCUCGCAGAAGGACAAAGACGGGCGGAUCCUCAACAAGCAAGCAGCCGAUGGAGACAUGUCGCCCUUGAACUUCUUCAAGGUCACCGGUGUGGCUGUCUACGUGCUUCGGAUCCAGUAUCGCAUGGCUGACGACCUCUUCGGGCUGUGCCACCGGUACAUGUACAGCGACAUCGACUUCGUGUACCAUGAGGCAUGCAACCCCAACCUCCCCCACCACCAGAUCGGGAGAACCCUGGAGGCCUUCGCCCAGUCCAACCUGCCUGGCCUGAAGCAGUACGACGACGGCAAGCUGCGGCCCAUCUUCAUCCAUUGCCCCGGUUCCAGAACCAUGAAAGCGAAGGGCAGCGGCUCCAAGUUCAACCCUGCUCAAAACCGCGUCGCUCUCAAGUUCCUCCUCAAGUUCGUCCUUGAAAACAAGAUUGAUCCAAGCCGGAUCAAGCUCAUCACUCCAUACCGAGCCAACAGGGACGAACUUCAGCGCAUGCGAAGGAAGGACGCCGAGCUUGUCCAUAUCGCUGGUAUGGAACCUGUGGCCACCGUCGACUCCUUCCAGGGUCGUGAGGGUGAUGUUGUCUUUGCCGUGUUGGCGACAACUGAAAAUAGUGGUCCCGGUUUCAUGACCAAUGAAAACCGCCUCAAUGUCCUGCUGUCACGACAAAAGAGCGGCCUCGUCAUCGUCGGCGACAUCAACAUCAUGGGCAAGGUGUUCGGCGGUGGCGACGGCAAGGGCAAGGGCAAGGCCAGGGCAAAGGGCAAGGGCAAGGGCAUGAUGGAUGCUGACAAGUGCACAGUGAAGACUGGGGGCGCAGUCAGUUUUGUGAAGUCAGCAUUCUUGGCCAAGGUUUGCCAGGAAAUGGUGACUUCUGGCAGGGUGGCCGAGGCCCCUGCCGAGUGGCAGGCCAGUGAGGAGAAGAAGGCCAAGGAUGAGAAGAAGGCCGAUGAGGAGAAGAAGGCCCAGGACGGUGAGAAGGCCGAGGAGAAGGCUGAGGAGGAGAAGGCCGAGGAGAAGAAGGAGGAGAAGAAGGAGGCCAAGGAGAAGGCCGAAGAGAAGAAGAAGCCCGAGGGCAAGAAGAAGGGCAAGGGCAAGAAGCCCGAGGAGAAGAAGCCCGAAGAGAAGAAGGGCGAGGAGAAGAAGGCCGAUGACAAAAAGGCCGACAAAUAG